GUUCUACACAUCCUCAUAUUCACACACAGGGAACACCACAAACAAAACAGCCAAGGAAUAAGAAUAAAUAAUCUUUGUUAGGUUUAUCCAAAGAAGAGUAAAAUGAAGAUGUUCAGAUCCCUUCUUUUCCAUUUGCUCCUGUACUGUGCAACCCAAACAUUAGGCGUUAAGAUCCAGUCUGUCCCAGGAUUUGACAGCGAGGGUGUUAUUCUCACAGAGCUGGACAAGAGUGUGUCUCUGCUUUGUCAGCCUGACGGCGGCCAUGAAACUCAGGCUGACGAAGAGUUGGUGUGGCUGAGGAAUGACGCUGUCGUCAGUCUGAUGGAAGAAAAUAAGAAAGGUCGCAGCAGCGUGUGUGUUACACCCGUCGUCCUUGAAGACAAUGGUGCCACUUUUACCUGCCACCUCAGAAAAAAUGACUCAGUUAAGGCCUCAGUCACCCUGAAUGUCCUAUAUCCCCCUCAGAUCUCUGGGUCAGAGGAAGUGACAGUUGAACAAGAAGCAGUGCUGACCCUGCAGUGUGAUAUCAGGGCCAAUCCACCAGUCUCAUCCAUGUCUUGGACACGAAAUGGAAGCGCAAUAGAUCUACAAGCAGGUGGCUUUACUGUGACCAAUGACGGCUAUACAAGCCAGCUCAUCGCCAAAAAAGUGGACAAAAGCUUGCAUGAAGGCACGUAUCAGUGCACAGCAGAGUAUCAAGGCCAUGGAGAACACAAGCAGUUCCACGUCACAGUAACAGAAAGGACUAUGAAGUUCCCAUUGAUGCCUAUGAUAGCAGGGUUGGUUGUGGUUGUCCUCACAACGUUUCUGGCAGUCAUUUCACGUUGGGACAAAAUCAAGAAGUGCUGCAAGUAGGUUGUGCCCAAAAAAUGGGUCUACUUAAACAAAGAGAGAAGUCAGGAAGACGCCUGAAGAACUCGUUUUGUGUGCACAAGACUGUGAUUAUCGAUUCACCAAUUUUAUCAUAUUUGGCAUUAUUUAAGAAAUGUUGACAUUUUGGGAAAGAGUUUAGAUAGCUUAAAUACCUUAAGACCCAUACCAAUAGUCUGUCUGUCUGUCUGUUAAGUAUGAAGCCACAGUAAAGCCAGAAGCUAGUUAGCUUAGCUUAGUUUAGGACAAAGACUGGAAUUAAAGGAAAACUUUUAGUGCUAGCCUAGCACUAUCUUAAAGCAUGACACCUCCUGUAUAACACAAUGAGCCUGUUUAUUAUCAUGUGUUUUGGGGAUCCAAACACAAGUGGACACCUGAGAGUUGUGUUUCCAACUGAUCACUUGUGUAUUGAAUUUUGCUGCUACCUACGUCACUUGCAUUAGAAAGUCACAGGGUUAUAAGCAUAGUUAUUAAAUCUGCACUCUUGCUAGCUGCUCACCAGUCACGUUGUGUCUGUACUUUGGAUAUCGCUGUCAGUAGAUUCCAGGCAAAACAACUCUUUCUCAUCCCAAGUCGUCAGAUAUUGCUGCUUUGCAGUGGACAUCCACAUCUACAUAUUGCGUUGUAGGUAUCCCUCUGCGUCUGCUCUUUACAUUCCAGGAUGCCGCUACUGUGAUGUAAUGUACAUGGUUAUAUUUACACAACACAAGCACAUGGCAACCAACUCUAGAACGUCAGCAAAUGCAGAUGCUGUCACGGAUGGUUAGGAUUAGGCUCAUGUUGGCACAGUUUGUUGGACCUGAUUCACACUCCUCCCGCCUGCUCUAUAAGCACCAUUGCAUUCCUUAUAUUGUGUCGUGACAGACAGCUUCUCAACCUGAUGCCACACUGUGGUGUAUCACAUACAUGCAACCCGCCUUCUCAGGGGCAGCCACACGUGACUCUACCGGGCUGACGCAGCAGGUGCAUCAACUUGCAAUAAUAGCACGACUGGUUCAGUCUUGCCGCAUUCUACACUGAUGCUGGCCAGGUGCGUAUCAUGCAGAUGCAAAAGGUGCCUUUUGGCAUCUGAAUCAUACGCCACAGGCACUGACAAAGCAGCGGUAUUUUACGAGUUCAGAAGCUGGGCAAAACAAUGGAAAGGCCACACAACGAUGCUUCCCAGACCACCGUAACAAGUGGUUUAAGUGAUCAGAUCACAAUGCUUCUUGAUGGUAAUUUACACUUGUAUUUAGACCCAAGACACAUAUUAACACCAAGUGGCUCAGCGUGCAGGUUUUUGCACAGAUUAAACAAACAAGAUAAAAUAUCUUAAACAGUGUUUUUUAGAGGUACUAGUAGGUAGAUUUUGUUAUCUUUGGACAAAUCCAGGGAAGCUAUUUCCGAUUUUUCUAUCCUUUGUGCUAAGCUAACUGGCUGCUGGCAGUAGCUUUAUGUUUACCAUACAGACACGAGUGUCUUCUCAUCUAACGCUCAGCAGUAAAGUAAAUACUCUAAGCGUUUUUCCCAAAAUAAAAUUUUACAAAAUGUAUCAUUGUAUUAACUGUUGAUUAUGGCAGGACAAUCUAUGAAGUUUGCAUUAUGAUCUUGAGAUCAUCCUUGAACUUUUUACUUUUCAUAGAGUGAUUGGCUACAGCACUGCCUGUUUCUUGUUAAUAUCUUUGCAAUAAAAUAACUUUUGU